AUGAAGAAUGUAAAGAAAUUACAUCUUUCAGUGCUUUUCUUAUCAGUGCACGUCUGCUUAGCUCAAGCUGACUUUGCUCCCCAUUUCUUUGACAAUGGGCCCUACAGCAACAACGGGAACCUGGCGCUCUUCAGCCUCGCCGAGGACACGGCUGUCGGUACACAGAUCUAUUCUCUUAAUGGCACAGACCCUGAAAGGCACGAGGUGACGUAUGGCCUUGCCUUUGAACCUGGAUCCAAAGAAUACUUCAGAGUGGACCCCAAAUCUGGGACCAUUACCUUAGUGGAAAAGCUGGACAGAGAGAAACAGGACUCUAUUGAAGUCCUUGUUAGCAUCACAGAUGGACGGAGCAAGGUGGUGGAAAGAGUCACAGUAUUUGUAAUGGAUGCAAACGAUGAAAGACCAGAAUUUCAAAACAUGCCUUCAAUCAUUAAUGUACGAGAAACUGCUGAGUCCGGAAGCAGCAUCUGCAAAGUUGAAGCCGUGGACAGAGACACGGGCUCAGGGGGCUCUGUCACCUUUUACCUCCAGAAUGCUCAGUCCAGUUUGUUUGCCAUAGACAGACAUAGCGGCGUCCUUCGCAUCAAACCUGGAGAGGCUCUCGAUUACGAGAAAUCCAAGACACACUUUGUCACAGUUGUUGCAAAGGACGGUGGUGGAAAUUUCAAUGGUAAGGAACAGUUUUUGUCAUCCACGGCUACACUGACGAUCAACGUGAUAGACGAACAGGACACUCCACCGUCUUUUAUCGGUACGCCAUACUUCGGCUACGUCUAUGAAGUGUCUGCACCGGGAUCUGAAAUAUACACUGUUUUGGCCAAAGACGGGGAUGUGGGAAGCCCAAAUCCAAUCGUUUACUCAUUUGACAGCGGAGAUGAUGGGGUUUUUAGCAUUAAUAAGACCAGCGGCUGUAUCAUGCUGCUGGUUUACCCGAUGUAUCUGAAGAGAGAGAUAUUCAACAUUAAAGUCAGGGCAUCAGAAGUAAACCCAGACAACAAGCUCGCAGACUACGGGGUAACCACAGUUGUGAUUCGAGUGGUUGAUCUGAACAACAAUCCCCCCACUUUCUAUGGAGAGAAGGGCCAACAGACCAUCUUUGAAUUGACCAUGUAUGAACAUCCGCCCGAAGGAGAGAUACUCAGGGGUCUGAAGAUUACUGUCAAUGACUCUGAUCAGGGCGCAAAUGCUAAAUUCAAUCUGAAACUAAUUGGACCCGGGCGGAUGCUGCGCGUCGUCCCUCAGACUGUUCUCAAUGAAGCCCAAGUUACAAUCCUAGUGGAGGACUCUGCUGCUAUGGACUAUGAAAAAUAUCAAGUCCUCACAUACAAGCUUCUUGCAGUCGAAAUCGAUACGCCGGAGAGAUUCAGUGCCACGGCAGACAUUGUCAUCCGUCUCCUGGACACCAAUGACAACGCCCCAAAGUUCUCCUCUGACUACUACAUAGCUAGGAUUCCUGAAAACUCACCUGGUGGCUCCAACGUUGUGUCAGUGACGGCAGCAGAUCCAGAUUCGGGGACUUGGGGAGAAGUGAAAUAUUCCAUCUAUGGUUCAGGGGCUGACUUGUUCCUGAUACAGCCUACUUCUGGGAUCAUAUACACCCAGCCAUGGGCGAGUCUGGAUGCAGAGAUGAGAUCCAAGUUCAACUUCUAUGUAAAGGCAGAGGAUGCCGAGGGAAAAUACAGCCUGGCUGAGGUCUUUGUGACUGUCUUGGACCUGAACGACCAUCCGCCCGAGUUCAGUGAAAACUUUCUGGAGAAGACCAUGGUCAUUGGAGCACCAGUCAAAAUAGAGGCCAUAGAUGAUGAUGCAGAGGAACCCAACAAUGUCAUUGAGUACUCCAUCAUGAAAGCUGACCCAGAUAACAUCUUUGACAUUAACGCUGACACUGGGGAGAUUGUGCUCAAGUCCUACAUUAAGUCACUAGAUAUUGUCCAGAAUAUCACAAAGCAAAAGGAUUGCACCUGGUCACUGGUGGUCCAGGCUCGAGACCGGGGCCAACCCUCCUUCAGCACCACUGCAGUUGUCAAGAUUGACAUCACUGAAGCGACCCAACUCAGGGGGGGGCCUUUGGCAUCAUUUUUAAUGCAGGGUAGAAACAACCCUUUGCAAGUCCUAGGCAUGCUCGCUGGCAUCAUUAUUCUCACAGUCAUAGUGACAGUCGUCAUCUCCACCGCAAUAUUCAUGCGCAACAAAAAGUCCAACCGGAUCCUGCCCAAUCGGCGUAUUAAGAGGAGGCGACGUAGCAGGCAGACCUGGGCCUUCAAAAACCCCUUCAAGAAACCGGAGAACCCUGGAGAGAAGUUCCGUGUCGUGGAGCAAGAGCAAGAGCAAGAGCAAGAGCCGGAGGUCGUCGUUGAGAACAUCAACUAUAACAACAAUGUAGUCAGACAGUGGCCCCUGGCUCCACUGCCUUGUGCCCCCUCUCUGCCCCCACCACCUCCCUCCUAUAUAGCAGGGGAGAGACAGUGGAUGGUGCCCACCAUAUCAGCUGGAGUGGCAGCCAAGCCUCUAAGGAAGGUAGGGAGAAGCAAAGAGGACAUUGUUAACAGAGCACUGGUUUCAGAGCUCAAAAUGAUACUGGAGCAGAAGAGGAUGCAGAACCAAUAG